CCACGUCCACAAGUGAAAGAUUGUGCGCUAUCAACACCGACUUAAAAGACCGGACAAAGGAAGUAUAUUAAAAAAAAAUUAAAAACCCCACAACUAUGAGGCUUUAAGAUCGGAGCAUUCGUCUCGCGCUCGUCUCACGUGUAUUUUUUGAGAUUCUUCUCCUGUGGCCCGAGCGUCUCGUUUCCGUGUCUCGCGAGGAGUUUGGUGCGGAGAGAGACGGGCCCCGCGCGUAAAAGUGUCCAUGUGGAAAGCUGCAGUCGGUGACCUGACUGCGCUCUGACGGGACGGCGCCGGUUUCUGUUUGCCUUUUGCCUUUCGCUCGCCUGUCGCCGGGACGUUGGGAAGGUCCGCAGAAACGCUUUUUGCUGAGCUUUUUUGACCUGGCAGGGGGGGGAGGGAGGAAUUUUUGUUGUUGCAGAUUUGAAGAAUGGUGCCCCGGUUUGGGAAUGUGGUCCAGCUCCUCACGCUGGCGUGUGCUCUGUACUUUGGGGUCUCCUCUACAACGGCGAACGUACUGAAAUCGGAGAGGUGGCUGCAGCAGUAUGGAUACCUUCCCCCGGGGGACGUCAGGGCGCAGGCGAUCCGCUCGCCAAAGUCCGUGGCCACCGCGAUAGCCGCCAUGCAGAGGUUCUACGGCCUGACUGUGACCGGCUCCAUCGACACCAACACAAUAGAGGCCAUGAGCCGCCCGCGGUGCGGCGUCCCGGACAAGUUUGGCCCCGAGCUAAAAAGCAACCUGCGAAGGAAGCGGUACGCCAUCCAAGGACUCAAAUGGGACAAGACCGAGGUGACCUUCAGCAUACAGAACUACACCCCUAAGGUCGGGGAGCACGCCACGUACGAGGCCAUCCGGAAAGCCUUUAAGGUGUGGGAGCGGGAGAUACCGCUGACCUUCAGAGAAAUCCCCUACAGCCACAUCCGGGGCAAGGUGGACAAGUUCGCAGACAUCAUGCUUUCCUUCGCCGAGGGUUUCCAUGGCGACAGCACGCCGUUUGACGGCGAGGGCGGCUUCCUGGCCCACGCUUACUUCCCCGGCCACGGCAUUGGUGGCGACACGCACUUUGACCUCGCCGAGCCCUGGACCACCGGGAAUGUCGACCAAGGAGGUAACGAUGUGUUUUUGGUGGCUGUCCACGAGCUGGGUCACGCCCUGGGACUCGAGCACUCCAACAACCCCUCCGCCAUCAUGGCUCCUUUCUACCAGUGGAUGGACACCGAAAACUUUCAGCUCCCAGACGACGACCGCAGAGGCAUCCAGGCAAUCUAUGGAACCAAGUCCGGGGCACCUCCUCCUCCACCGCGGCCCACCCAGCCCUCCAACCCUGACAGGCCUGACCACGGUCCAGACAUCUGCGAGGGACAUUUUGACACAAUCGCCGUCCUCAGAGGGGAAAUGUUUGUAUUCAAGGAUAAGUGGUUGUGGCGUGUGCGUAACAACAAGGUUCUGUCGGGAUACCCAAUGCCCAUCGGGCAUUUCUGGAGAGGCCUGCCCGCCAAUAUCAACGCCGCCUACGAGAGGGAUGAUGGGAAAUUCGUCUUCUUCAAAGGCGACAGGUAUUGGGUUUUCGCCGAGUCCAACAUGGAGAAGGACUCUCCUAAGAGCCUGAGAGACCUUGGAACUGGUUUACCCCGAGACAAGAUGGACGCUGCUCUCUUCUACACCCCGACAGGACAGACGUACUUCUUCAGAGGAAACAAGUACUACCGUUUCAACGAGCAGACUCGGACGGUGGACAGAGAUUACCCCAAGCCCAUCAGCAUGUGGAACGGAGCGCCUGACAACAUCAAAGCCGCCAUCAUGAGUGAGGACGGAUCUUAUACUUACUUCUACAAAGCCAACAAGUACUGGAAGUUCAACAACCAGUACAUGAAGGUGGAGUCCGGCUACCCCAAGUCCGUCCUCAGCGAGUGGAUGGGCUGUGAGGGGGAGGAGCCAAAGAAGGGGCGGGAAGAGGAGGUGAUUAUCAUCGAGGUGGACGAAUCAGAGGGCGGGGCGGGGCCGGCGGCCGUGGUCAUCCCUCUGCUCUUAUUGGUGCUGGUGGUGCUCACGCUGGGGGCGCUGUUGUUUUUCCGGAAGUACGGCACACCCCGACGCCUCCUCUACUGCCAGAGAUCCCUGCUGGACAAGGUGUAAAAGAAAGGAAAAGAAAGGGGGGAAAAAGAGUGACAGGUGACUGACAGACUACCGCAGAGAGACGGAAAGAGGGAGAAAGAGCACCGGAUGAAGAAAGACUGGGAAGGGGGGAAGAACGAGAGAGAGAGAGAGAGAGAGAAAGGGAAUGCCAGUGUAAAAACAGAGGACGUGGGGUUGGAAAGGGUGGGGGUGUUGACGCGUCAGGGUUUAGGUGGUUUGUAUGCACCACAAUAAAGAGAAAGAGAGAAAGGGACUAAAAGCCAAAUCAGGAAAUGUGUAUUUGUAUGUUAGCUUUUUACAUGUACCGCUCUGCGAUUACGAACAGACCCAAGAAACUCACACACCAGGAAAGGGAACCGGACGGAGAGAGAGAGAGAGAGGGUUCUUCUUCAUCAUCAGCUUCAUCGAAUUUACACCCUUCGGUUUCAAAGGUCCUCCUCCCCGUCCUCCCCCUCUCUUCCCUACCGGAUGUUUGGGGGGGGGGAAACCAUCCUUCCUCUUGACUUUAAAACUUGACGACUCCAGCUUCCACAGCUGUCUGAUUCAUAUUUUCAUCCCUGUCGACUUUCGUUUUGAAUUCUACGUCUCACUUUCUGGGUUGGGGGGGGGGUUUCUUCUUCUUUUUUUUUUUUUGGCUCGGAAAUUCAUUGUGUCAUGAUCAUGAGCGGUUGCCACCAAAAUACCCUUAUUCUGAUAUAAAUUGCUGUAAAAAAAACUCCGUUGUUACAUUACAAGUGUAAACUACUAACUACUAAGACACGUUAGCGUCAUAUCGAAUCCCCCACCGGGCGACAAAAAUAACCGUUACUACGAAAUCCGCGUGUUUCGGUGAUGAACCUUCUGCUUUUCUUUUGUACUUUUGAAAUUCAUUCACGUAAUAUCCCCUCCUCCUGUCGACCACUAUAGUAGGAUUUUUUUUUUUGUACCCCGCCACCUUCAAAAAUACCUAAGCCUUCCCUCCGGCCGCUGCUUGGUCAGCGGACAUAAAUGGAGACUUGGUGCCAUUUUACUCGGAACGGAUGUCAGAUGGCAGUUGAACGCGAAGAUAAUGGCGCGCCUUUUAUGCAAAGUAGCGGCGCGGGCCACGUCACAACUCAAAACACGGAUGGAGGUUAUAUGCGCCCAGGAGCCUGUGAACGGUUGUUUUUUUUUUUUUUAUUAUUAUUCCGACCGGAACAUAAAGUCAAACUGUGUAAGUCAACGUUCAUCCCGCUAUUUUCACCCCCUCGUCGCUAAAACGCCUCGUGAAGAUGGGCACAUUCCGUAUCAAACCGUAGUCUCGUAUCCAGACAUGCUUCCCACCGCCGCAUCUAUGUGCAGUUAUAUACGUGUCUUAAGUCGCUUGUGGCGCGAGCAGCCGGACGGAGAGAGAGAAGGGACCAAAAAAACAAAAAAAAGAGGAGGAUGACGGUGUUCCCGCGUGGCGGUCCGUCCAUCUCCGACAAACGGUCCACGUGUUGGAUUAAAGGGGUACAGUUUCAAACGACAACAACAAAAAAUAAUAAUAAUUCGUGGUCCAAUUGUUCUGUUUAUGACUAUUAUCAUUGCUAUGGAUAGUUAUUGUCGUUAUAACUAUGGUUAUUGUUAUUAUUGUUGUGGUAAAGUUAUAGGGACAUUUUGUUUGUGUUGCUGUACAUUGUCAUUUGGAGUCCUGCUGGACAGAGGCGUAACGUGACAAUGAUGGAAGAGCCCCUCCCCAGUUUACAUUCAGUGUGUGGUGAAUGUGUUCUGUACAACAGGGGGGGGGGGUCGUGUGCUUUUUUUGGGGGGGGGCCUGUUAUAUUCGAAAACACCAUUUUCCCCCCCAUUGGUUGGCGCAGAAUGACAAACAAUGCUAUUUAUGAACUUAAGACUCUGAUGGUGCUCAGUCUUUUUUUUUCUUUUUUCUUU